AUGCUGGGGCUCAAAUUGGCGGGAAAUAUCCUAUUCAGGGAAUGACAACUUAUUCCUCUUAUAUAAAACCCUAACCCACAUCUGAAAGGCCCAAAUUUGCUUCCAAUUUCAGAACGUUGAUCUUAUUCUCACCCGUUUACGAUUAAUUUCGUACACUCCCCCGUAGGAAAAUCUGUUCGGGUUCCUUUUUUUCGGUUUCUCAAGAAUCUAGGGUUUCUUCUCUGCCCCUUUUAACUUAUAAUAAUCUGAAAAUAAGUACAACUACCAGUUAGGAAUUUUGGGGAAAAUGACUGAUGUGUUUGAAGGUGAAGGUGAAGGUGAAGGUGAAGCUGAUCCCACGAUUUCAAUCGGAGACUACCUCAAGGCUGUUGAAGAAGAGGACCUGGAAGCGGAUUUGGUAUUGGGAGGUGAUGAGGGCAAGGAGUGCACAUAUAACAAAGGUUACAUGAAGAGGCAGGCAAUUUUCUCAUGUUUGACAUGCACACCAGAGGGGAAUGCUGGGGUUUGUACGGCCUGCUCCUUGUCUUGCCAUGAUGGCCACGAGAUUGUGGAACUCUGGACCAAAAGGAAUUUUAGGUGUGACUGUGGAAACUCAAAAUUCGGGGAGUUCUUCUGCAAGCUUUUUCCAAACAAAGAUGUGGAAAAUUUGGAGAAUAAAUACAAUCAUAAUUUCAAAGGAACUUACUGCACAUGCGAUCUCCCCUACCCUGAUCCAAAUGCUGAAGAACAAGUAGAGAUGAUUCAGUGCUGUAUCUGUGAGGAUUGGUUUCACGAAGAACAUAUAGGUCUGCAGUCUUCUGAUGAGAUCCCAAGAGAUGAAGAAGGCGAGCCUCUAUAUGAAGACUUUAUCUGCCAAGGGUGUGCUGCUGUUUGCUCUUUUUUGACUUACUAUCUCGAAACCAUUUCAGCAUUGGUUAGUAACAGCAAUGUGGCAAAUUUGACGAAGGAGAAAGCAGUUCUCGAAGAUCUGCCUUCUUCUAUGAAGUCAUCGGGGAAGCUUGAGCAUGGAAAUUGUUCGCUUAACACUGUUGUUACUAAUGCUAAUGCAGAAGGUACAACCAAUGAGUGCAGCCAAGCUGCUGGCUCGAGCAAGAAGUGUACUCUUGGAAUAAACUUGGCUGAAACUCCUCUGACCAGUGACAAUAGUAAAUCAAUGUUUCUUUUUAAAAACUGGAGAGAAGUCAUUUGCAGAUGUGAUACAUGUUCGUACUUCUACACUCAGAAGGGAAUCAGCUUCUUGCUUGACAAAGAGGAUUCCAUUGCUGAGUAUGAGAAAGUGGCGAAGCAGAAGAGGGAUGAGAAUUUGCAGAAACAAGAGGGUGACUUUCUUAAUACAUUAGGUCAUGUCGAGAAGAUGGAGAUUCUAAGUGGAAUUGCUGACAUGAAGGAUGAGAUUCGUUCCUUCCUGGAAUCAUCUGACCCCUCGAAGCCUAUCACGACUGCAGAUAUCCAUCAGGUUUUCGAUAAUCUUGCCAAGAAGAGAAAGCGUAAUCCGUAAGUUAUGUGAUACAUACAAUGCUGUUGCAAUCUUAACCGUAUGAUUAUGUAGUAAUGGAGCUGUUUCGUUUCGUUAAAAUAGUAGUUUUACUGCUCUGUAAGCGUGAAGAUCUUAUAUAAACUUGUCUACGGAUCGGCUGCUUAUGUAAUUAUUGACAUUUAUAACCUCUGUGAUGGCUCUCUGUCUCUGUUUCUAUGUACAUUCGUGUGAAGUGCAAUGUUUGUGAACGAGUGAUAUA